AUGGGAGAGGGUCAGGAGGAUACAUUCUCUUCCCCAACGGGAAUCGAAUCAGGAACCUUAGCGGCAUCAAUCGUAUGGUCCCUAUGGAUAUCAAGAAACCAGCUCCUAUUCGAGAAACGCAAGUUCACUCCAGAAGAAACCAUCUUGAAGGCGAUUACAAACGCCAGAGAAUGGAUGCAGGUUCAAACCCCUCCAAGCCCCAAAGUACUGAAACCUUUGAUCAGAUCAGAACCGAAUCCCUCUCAAGCGGAUGUCCACUCAAUCUACACAGAUGCAACUUGGAACUCCUCGACGAGAUGCGCAGGACUGGGUUGGAUCGUUGAUUAUCGGGAUUCAUCUUCACAACAUGCAGCGACCUCGACUUUUGUCAGCUCGCCCCUUAUGGCGGAAACUAUGGCAGUUCUUGCGGCCAUGACCUUCGCUCGAGACCAUGGCAUCGAUACCCUCUCGAUCUCAUCUGACUUUCAAACCCUUAUCAAUAUGCUGAACCGACAGGAAAGGACUCUUGAGCUCUAUGGCGUUAUGAGCGAUAUCUACUUCCUCUGUCGAUCAUUUAUCUUAAUCAAGUUUAUUUUUAUUCCAAGAGCAGCUAAUGCUAGAGCUGACUCUGUUACCAAACAUGCUCUUUGGACUGUUAACUUGGACUAG